AUGCUAGAAAAAAAAUCUCAGACCAAAGAUAGACCUACUUUAAAAGUAUAAGAAAGAAAUUCAAAAUCAAUAACCAAAUGGAAUUAACAGGAAAAUUAAAACAACUUGAAUUCACUUCCUAAUCUGUAUAAUGUAGAAAUUUAAAAAACUUACCCAAAAUUUCAGUCAAGAUUCAAAUCAGUAAAGGCAAAAUUAUGCGGAGAAACUGAAACUGAAGAAUAAUAAUAUUAAAUAAGUGAACUAAUUCGAUUACAUUCUUAAUUAGAAUCUAUAAACAAUGAAGAAAAUAAUUAGAAAGCCUUUCAACCUCUUUUUGAUUAUUUUGAAUUGAUGAGUUGUUAAAUGGAUUUUUUGAUAUAAAUAAGAAUUGAGAAUAAUUAAUUAACAGCCUAUAGUGGAUAACUAUAUUAUCCUUAGAUUGGAAUAGAAUUAGAAAAUGCAUAAAAAAUUUAAUUUUUGGCAGAUAAAAUGAAAGAUUGCAUCAAUUCUCAAAAAAUAAUUGUAGAGAAGCUAGCUCAAGAAUUAAAUCAACUUGAAUCAUAAAGAAAUGAAAUAAAAUAAAAGAUAAAUCCAAUAAAUGAAGAGAUUUUUCCACUUCAAAACUAGUUAAACAGUGUUGAAAAUUAAAACUUUUUUUUGAGUAAAUAAUAAAAUAAAAAGUUCUUUUAACUAAGUAUACUUUAAGAGUAAUUUAACUGCUUUAAAAGAUGUUCAAAGUAGGUUUGUAUUCUGGUUUAGAAGCAAAAAGUAUAUGAUCAAAAUUAUGAGCCUUAUUAUACUAUUAGAAAUUAAAAAUAUUUGGAAAUUAAUUCAAAAGUUGAUUAGCAAAUUUUGAUGUCAGAAAAUAAGAAAUCUUAGGCUUUUUAAUAAAAAAAUGGUAAUAGAUUUGAUCAAAUUAUUCAUCGUAAAUAGUUUGUAAAUGAGGAUUUAUAUUAAGAUUUAUUGAGGCAUACAUAAGUAUUUUUCAUUUAAAUUCUAUGCAAAUCCAUAAAAAAUUUAUAUAAAUCUUAUCCUUUUAAUAGUAAUGAAAUUUCAGCUAUAUUUGAUACUCAUAGAGUGGCUGAAGAUCAGUUGAUGAAAAUCAAUUAAGCUUUGAAUUAGGAUAAAAAAUGCCCAGAAAACUAAGAUUCUAUUGUAGUGUAUAUCGUACGUAAGCCAAGUGAUUUUUUUUUAUAAUUCGUUGUAAAAGUCAUUGGUGCUUUGAAAUCUUUCGAAAAUCAAUUUUGCAGUUUGCAAGAUUUAAAUGUGCAACAGAAUAUUUUGAAUAUUAAAGAAGAUUCAAUUAGACAUAUAUCAUAAUGUUCAUUAAAAGAUUGUGAGAGUCAAUUGAAUAAAAUGAGUUUAAAUGCAUCAGAUUGUGAGAUAAUAUAAAUAAAAUUGGAAAUAAAAUUGAAACUAAAGUUAUAAAGAAACAUUCAUUUUUUAUAUAUAAUUCAAGAAAAGAUUACAAAUUAAGAAGCAUUCUGCAGAUAAUUUAAAGAUUGCUAUAAAAAGAAAAAGGGCUUAAAGGAUUAAAUUGGGUCUGUUUUGGAGUCAAUCAUUAAAAAUGCUGAUAAAUACUUAAUAAUUACUGAGAUGCCAGAAAUGAUUAAGAUGACAUGUAAUUAGCAAAAGAAGUUGGCAUAAUUGAAAAACUUAAUCCAUUUUUCUUAAACAAUGGCCACAAAACGAUAAUGA